AGAAAUCACCAUCGUCGCAAACAAGAGCACAACCAUAAUCUUGUGAAAUUUACGACCUCUUUUGGUAGACUACUUACUAUACGCCAUAAUAUCCCAAGUCCCAAUCCACCCCCCCGGAAGCCGACUGUCUCUACUUAAGCUACUUACUUUCAGACCCCGCAAAUUUCGCAACAUUUUCCACCGCCUCAGUUCAAUCAUCAAUGAGGGACAAUACAUCACCCACGAGAACAACCCCCGGCUCAUAAAGAGCUAAACAAGAAUACACACAGAAUCUACACACCUCCUAAACAUACGACAUAACACAAUGCCUCCCCAAUCCUCACCACUUCCAACACCAACGAUCCUUCUUCCUGGCCUUCCGCCAAAAACCCUCGUCGGCAUCGACCUACUCUCAUUCACCUCCACUGCCAAUUUCCACGGUAUUCGCGACUUACCUGAAGGAUGGCACUUUCUCUACACCGGGACGACGGAGAGCUUUUCCCUUCGGUGUGGAGGAUGGUUUUAUAUCGGAGAUAUUCAAUCCGCUACUACUACUGGUGCAGCCUCGACAGCUCUGACUCGGCGGAGGUUAGGUGGCGCGGACGCGACGGAGAUUCGUGUCUGGAAGUGGAAUCAAGAUGUUGAAGCUCUAGUGCCUAUAAUCGGAGAGAGUAGUGAAGAGAAACAAGAGGCGAUGCGAUAUAAAGCGAAUCUCAGCGCGAUCUGGCAGAGCGGGGGUCUAUUUCGGUAUCGGAGUCGGAUAUCCUCUACGGCGGCGGGGGGACGGGAGGAGGAUCGGGAUUUGGAUGAUGAGGAUAAUCAGAAGGAAGGGAGGAGCGAUUGGGUUGGAUUGACGGGGAAUAUUUCGCCGCAGUUACUGUCGCGUAUUCUGGGAGAUCCGGAGGUUGAUGUUGAUGGGAAGCCGAGAUGGACGGUGACGUCUGGGAGUACGGCGCAGAGGGAUGCGGAUCAGAUUCCGGGGCUGACGUCUCGAGAAGCUGCUGGAAUUACUGCGGAGCAAGAGAAAGAUUUGCGGUUUUUGCCUGUGGAUUUGAAGCGGACGUGGCGUGAGGGUGCUAUUGGGAGGGAAAGGACAGAAGCUGCUCAGGAUCGAUCAUGGGCGUUGGGCGAUCUUGUACGGAGGGUCGCGCAGGACGGAGAUGAGCAGAUGGGAGAGAGGCAGGUUCUGGGUGAACUGCAGUUUACGUUUCUUAUGGUUCUGACACUGAUGAAUUAUUCGUGUCUCGAACAAUGGAAGAGACUGCUGAGCUUGAUAUUCACAUGUCGAGCUGCCGUGACUGCACGGGAGGGAUUCUUUACGGAUGUGCUACGACUCCUACGGUUACAAUUGAAGCGUUGCGACGAUGUGGAAGGGGGUUUAUUCGAGAUGGAUGGGGAAAAUGGCGCCGAAUUCCUCAUCAAGCUACUCACGGGCUUCAAACGGACGGUGGAUGAACUAAGCGAUGGCGUCGGUUUUGCAGUCAAGUUUGAACUGAAGGUAUUCGAGAAAUGGGUCAAGGAGGAAUUCAACUGGGAGCUUAAAAAGGAGGCCAUUGUCAAGAGAGGCAUGCUUGAGUUGGAAGAUGGAGAGCGGGUGGAGAUGGAGAUGAACGAUGCCGACGAAGAGGACGAGACGGGCGAAUAUGCACCUGUGAUCGUCGAUCUGGGCGAGAGGGAAGGCAGUUCAUCUCUGGAGCUAGAUAUGAAGGAUUAAUGAGUAAUGAAUCAAAUCAGAAAGCACAUAUGCUGCGGCGCUCUGGGAAGCUGCAUGAAUAGUUUCAUCGUCAUUGAGAGGCUGUGUUGGUCACACAUGAUAUCAAAUUUCGGAGAAUCAUAGUAGCUGUGUCCUAACCCAUUUCAAAAAGACCCACCCAACCAUGCGAACGCUGGAAUAUCGGGGCUUUUUUUCGGAACAAAAAGAUGAAAUGAGUAAAGAAAAGUUGUUUAUUUCAGAGACCUGGCCUAGUCUACCACCAGUUGAGAAACAAGCCGGUAUCCCACACAUGAUGGCCACAACCACAUGCGAUUUUUCUCCCAUUUCAUUUUUUCCCUUUCCCCC